GUUGACAGACUUUGUUAGAUGGUUGAGCUACAGUCAAUAAUGAGGUGUUUUUGAAAGGAUUCUUUGAAAGUUACAGAUUUAAAAAAAAAAAAAAAAGACGGUAAUAAAGAACCAUUUUAGCAUAAAACGGUUCUUCGGGAUGAUAUGGUUCUAAAUAGAACUGUUACUAUGAGUAAAGAACCAUCUUUUUAGAGUAUAGAUAAUCACAAAUAAUCUGUUAAUAAAACUCAUCUUUCUGUUUGACAUUACAUAAUAAAUUAUGAAUCUACAAUUCCCACUUACAUACAUAAACUUAAUUUAAACUGGCCUUGAUGUCUCUCCUGUCACUCUCUUGAUCCUCUUAUUUAGUGCCUCUUUCCAUGUUUCCUUCCUUCUCUCCUUGUUCUCUAGUGUCUCAUCCCUCUCUUUUUCUUACCUGUCUUUGCUGCCCAAUGUUUUUUUUUUUUUUUUUUUUUUUUUUUUUACUCCUCUUGAAUAAUACAUGGCCUCACCUCUUUAUUUAUCUCCUGCAGGGUUUUUCUGACUGUCGUUGUCCCUCGUCGUGAGCUGAGGUCAUUUUAUAGAGGCAGAAGACACCAUCAUAUCCUACCUCGAUGAGUUAAUGAUGACUGGAAGCCAAAUACUGUUCCUGUGCCUCAGUGUUCGUCCAAUUUUGGAAGCUUUAUUCACAAAUACUAAAGCUUUCUCUGCAAAUCUAAAUUAUUAUUUAAAAUUAUUCUGCAUUAACACAUCUUAUACAAUGCUAUACACUGUAGUUUACAGGUUUCAAUAAUUUUCUCCUUAUUUCUUAAAGUUUCAUUCACCUACUGCCAUGCUACUUCUUAAAAUUUGUUUUGCUAAACAGUUUACUGGUUAAGGAGAAUCAAUCUAAAGAGAACCUUUAUAAAAGUUAUUCACAUAACUGAGAAAAUAAGAGGAAACUGUAGUAAAUUAUUAUCAAGAAAAAAUGAUAACAUCUUAUUAUAACCACAAUACAUUCUACUAAAUUUUAUGAGUUUCCAGAGGAUUUAAACUUGAAACUGAUCAAAUAAGUGCAAUUAAAAGCACUUUGUAAUUGUGGCACCACUUUGAUUUUACUUAAGGUAGCAUUUAAACUUGUUCAAUUUUACAUUUUAUAAAAGUGUAAAUACCACUAUGAUCAGACAAUUGGUAAUCGCAAUUCUAUAUAAGGCCAUGAGGUGGUAGUAGAGAAAAGUCUUUCUAAAGCAAAGUCUCGGAAAAUAUUAUUUGCAAAACAAUUUUACUUUUUCUUUACAUUAGCUCACAAUUCUUUUAAAAAAUGUCUGUUUAAUGUGCUGUGAUGUUUAGGCUACUCUUUUUUUAAACACAGAUGAUAUUGUCAUGUUUGUCUUGUCUCAUAAGAUCCCAUUCCUACAGUCAUAGUCACAACACUGCACAUUUGCAAACAGACACUCCAGCUCUAGUAAUUUUUAAAGAGUUACGCCCAUAAGCACCUCACGUCAUUACGCACAGUCAAGACGCCAAUAAAAUAAAAGCCGCGAAGAGCGCGCGGUUCGUUCCGUGAGCGUUAACUUGGCAAUUUGUGUGGCGCUUCGCGUAUAGCUGGAAGUUCUUCUGUUAUUCCAGAUAGCGCCAGAAAAUCAGUGUGUAGUGAAGGAGUGCGAUUACACAUCAUGUUUUUAACUUGGACACGGAUAUCUGAUGGAUAAUGAGAGCAAAAUCUUUUCAGAACCAAGGACAGCUCUCAACGGUCAAUAUGAUUUCGGCGCUGACGAAGGAUCGCGUGCAGGCACUCAUGACCAGUUUGACAUCUGAAGUGAUGGAUGUGCGCUUUCUUAAUAAGAUACACGACACCACUACAACUUUGCCGACGGCAAGUUUUAUAGAUAACGAGACCAGAUGCGGAGAGCAGAUUUUGAGUUACGGACAUGUUGAGAAAGUGUUCAUCGGAGGAGUUCUGACAUUGCUUACCUUUUUAACAGUUUGCGGGAAUCUGCUGGUGGUCAUAUCAGUGUGUUUCGUGAAGAAACUAAAGCAACCUUCUAAUUAUUUAAUCGUUUCUUUGGCCGUUGCAGACCUGUCCGUGGCGGUGGUCGUAAUGCCGUUUGUCAGCAUCACAGAUCUCAUAGGAGGACAGUGGAUCUUUGGUCGUGUUUUCUGUAAUGUUUUUAUCGCCAUGGAUGUGAUGUGCUGCACCGCUUCAAUAAUGACACUGUGUGUCAUAAGCAUAGACAGGUACCUGGGCAUUACUAAGCCAUUGACGUAUCCCGUGAGACAAAGUGGAAAGUGCAUGGCCAAAAUAGUGCUGUCUGUAUGGCUUCUCUCUGCCUCCAUCACCCUACCCCCACUGUUCGGAUGGGCUCAGAAUGUCAACGACGACAACGUGUGUCUGAUCAGCCAGGACCUGGGCUACACUAUAUACUCCACUGCCGUGGCCUUCUACAUCCCCAUGUCCGUGAUGCUCAUUAUGUACUACCGGAUAUACAGGGUGGCGAAGGUGAGUGCUGCCAAGCACACGAUCGCUGGCUUUCCCAAAGCGGAAGACAAGGAAAGCGUGAACUGCGUGACUGCAGCCCUAAAGCUGCAGAGGGAAGUAGAAGUGUGCGUGAGCUUUUCUCGCCUUCUCAAAAGUGAUCGUAAAAACAUCUCCAUCUUCAAAAGGGAGCAGAAGGCGGCAGCCACCCUUGGGAUUGUUGUGGGGGCUUUCGCCGUGUGCUGGCUGCCCUUCUUCCUGCUGUCCACAGCGCGUCCGUUCAUCUGCGGGGUGCAGUGCAGCUGUGUGCCUUUGUGGGUGGAGAGGACGCUGCUGUGGCUGGGCUAUGCCAACUCACUCAUAAACCCCUUCAUUUAUGCAUUCUUCAACAGGGACCUCAGGACCACCUACCACAACCUCAUUCGCUGCCGCUAUCGGAACAUCAACCGCAAGCUCUCGGCAGCCAGCAUGCAUGAGGCUUUGAAACUAGCUGAGAGACCUGACCUGGUGCUGUAGGCUGUCCGUACCCUUCAUGUCUCCCUGGGGACUGAUGCAGGCACACGGAGGCUGAGAGAGACGUUUUUGAUGAAUUCCUUAUUGCUCUCGCUGAGGAGCUUUUCAGUCACUUCAAUUAAGUCAAAUUGCAAUGACUUCAAUUAAGUGAAAUUGGAACGGUUGUAAAGCUUCAUGAAAUGUUUUAUAAAAUGCUUUAUAAAUUAGAUCUUAUUGCUGUAAAAUGUGCUUGAUGAAAAAGAAAAAUCAAUAUCAAUGAGUGAUGAAUUCUCCGGUAUAAUGUUCGUAUUUCAUACAGUAUACUUUGAGCUGUUUACAUUAUAUAUGUAAUAUUCCUCAAUAAUAAUGAACCCAUGGGAGCAUGAAAUUGACGUUUUUAUGUCAUAGAUUAAAAAGGAUUGUUCAGCCAAAAAUUAAAAUUCUGUCACCAUUUACUCACCCUCACGUUGUUCCAAACCUCUAUAACAAAACAAAACAACUUAAAGAUAUCUCUCUCCCCCCCCCACCCCUCAAGUCAUGUGUCUUAGUGCCGGGACUGUAUAUGAUGACAGAAUUUUCAUUCUUGCUUGAAUGGUCUCUUUAAGUACUUAAGGACAAAUUUAUAAAGCAUAUUAGCACACUAGUAUAAAGUAUGCAGUGUACAAGCAAUCAUAAAGCUGAACUCUUCACUUCAUUGCCGUUCCGUCCCUUCUGCCCUCCAAACAGUCACCUGAUUUGACCAUCAGUGAUUGCCACUAAUAAUGUGACAGCAAGCUGAGCAUGUCUCACCCAUAGUUGUAUUAUUAGAAGCAAGGCAUUUAUUGUCUUCUAGCUGUGAGAAAGGCAGGGGUGGGCAGGUGUCUUUAAUUUCUGUCAGCAUGCUUGGCCAACAGAUGGUAAACAAUACAUCAACACUAAGUGGCCCUGUGUAUUCAUCAAGCAUUUUAGUGACCGUGUUUUUGGAUAUGAAACGUCUAUGCAUAUGAAGGUACAAUUAAUACUGUAAGAAAAAGUACCGGACAUGAAUAAGUUAGAGUUUGAAGUAGGUUAUUAAAAGGCAUGUGGUUAAAAAAAAAAAAGUCAUUACUGCAGUGAAAGAAAGAUUGAGGCCACCUGAGUGAAAACAUAGCAGAUAGCUCUAUCUGCUAUCAAUAUAGCCAAAAUUACUAUAAUAAAACUAUUAAAAUUGAAUAAAUGUAAUGAAAAUGUAAUAAAAAUUAAUACAAUUAAAUAGAAAAUUCCUUUUAAAACAAAAAAUUAAAGAAACCAGUUCAAAAACAAAUCAACAAAAAAUAUACAGAGGUAAAUGCAUAACAUAAAACUAGGGAAUGACUGAUAUUAAAAUUGUAGCCAAAACAGAAAAGCUGAUUAUUUUCAUGUUAUGGCUAAUUAGUAAUAAAUAUUAUACUGUUUUCUCUAAAUAAAUAUAUAUAUUUAUAAUGGACGAAAAAGUAAAGUGUUAGAUGACAGCAAAACUUCUCUAAAUUUAAAAAUAGGGGCAUACACUAUUAUAUAGACUGUAUUGACAGAUAUCUUUAAAAAAAAAAAAAAAAAAAAACUCUAAUAUUGACUGAUAAUAAAUAUGGUCUUGAUAUAUAUUGCCCAUCCCUACCUAAAAAGAAUUACAGGCCUGAAAGAGAAAAGUAUCAUUAAGAUGCUGAGGGCACCAAACAGGCAUAAAACAAUGAAUCUAUUCUGAGCAACCAGCUGUUGUUUGAAUUUAUAGAAGAUGCAAAUUUUGGGAGGUUUUGUGAGGAAAAUAAAUAUAUCUGAUGCUCAUUCACAAUGACAAAUUGCUAUGGUCAUUGAUUAAAAUAAUUUUAAAAAAAAACUUGAGAUUGUGCCGUUUUGGUCAUACUAUUAUACAUAAACCGAAGUCCACAUUAAUCUUUCAUCGUUACAUCUAAAAUGUUUUUAAUAUAAUGGUUUGCAUGCAUCCCAUGUGAGGUGAUAUAUUGUACUUUAUUCUGUAAACAGAAGGAGAAAUGAAUGCGGAUGUCAUCAGUGUAAUAUAUUAAACCUCCAAGACUAAAAAGCAAAGGAUAGCUCUAUUAGUAGUAUAGAAGUUAUAUUAGUCCAAAACAAGAAAGACUUUCAAAGAGUUUCAGAAUCUAUACCAGGCAAGAGGUUUUGUUCUCAUGUUAUACCUGAACUGAAUGUGAACAACUGCUCCGUAAGUUGUACCUCUUUCUGAACGCUGUGACAGCGACACGCUGCCCUGCUGAGUCUUUCAGCCUUGUUUUUCAAUCUACAGCAGCACAGCAUGAGGGCUGCUUCCUCUGCAUUUCCCAGGGGGCUUUUUGGAAUCAGUGUACAUGCAAAUAUAUUUUGAUUUAAGGCUUAAAUGUGAUAAGAAAUAGCUGUGUACUUUAUUCACAGAGGAUAUCUGUCCAUUUAAUAUUGUAAAUUAUGAGGUUAAAGACUGUAUUCCAGUAGUUUAAUUCUAGACAUGUAUAGCAUCGUUCUGAAAUGGUAAAUUUACACUUUCAGUGAUCACUAUUAAAUGAACUUUGAUAUAGUUUAUUGUUUUUGAUAUUCACCAUGUAGUCUGGCAAAAAUGGUCUGAUUAAUUGAACAAAAACAGUAUUUGCAAGGCAGCACUGUCUUGAUAUUCCUCAAACAUUUAGAUAAUGAUUUGUUCUAUUGGUUUUAAAAACAACAGUAUAAAAGAUAUUUAAGAAAAUCUCCCAUUGACUUUUAUUGACAUGUUCUUUGGCAAGUUGCAUAAACUUCUUACACUACUCUUAAAAGUUAGUCAACUAUUUUUUUUUUCAUCAAGACUGGUCCUAACUUUUUAAAAGUCAGUUACAUAAAAAGGUAGAUAUAAUUUGAAUCAGAAAAGUAAGACCGAUUACCUCUUGUCUAACUGCCAGUUGGUAAGACAAGUCAAAAUAUAGUCUAUGCAACUGGCCCCAGAAUUCAAAUUGUAACUUACAGCAAUGGUGCCUUUGUAAUAAUUGCAUAUAAUGAAUUACAACUGGUCUUCUUUGUUAUACUUAUUUGCAUACUCAAUUGUGAUUAGAUUCUGAGUGUCAUAAAAAUAGCCUAACAAAAACUAAGCCUAAAAACUAAAAUUUUUUAAACCUUUAACACUGUUAACAUGUUCGCUGC